AUAACUUAAGUCAGAAAUGCGCAAAGCAACCGGCGCUUGGUCUGAGCUUACGCGACUUUAAAGUUAAUACAAGAAAUACUUCCUUUAGUCAAUAUGAGAAUUCAGUUGAGUUUUAUUUCUUUUUUUAUUUUCGUAAUUCAUGUAAACUCCUUACACUACGAUCAGAGUCAAUCAGGAGAUUUGAAUGUUCAAGUUGAUUUAAAAGAUUUACAAAUAAUAGCUCUCAUGAAAGGUGGAAAAGAAGAAUAUGUGGAUUAUGACUACGCGUACGAUUAUUCCGAAAUGACAAUAAAACCGCAAAACCGGACUACACCAAGACCGUUUAAUGCUUCAAUUACUGUACUUGAACCGGUCGGCACGAGGGAUAAUAAGACAACAACGCCUCAACAUGAAGUAACAACGAAUUUGCCAAUUAAGACACAAAAUACUGCAGUUCCAGAUAUAACAGAGUCGACAAUGGCCAUAAACGAUUAUAUAACCACUGUCAGUAAUAAUGCCGACUCUAUGAAUGUAUCUACAGGAUCUAUUAAUAAAAACGACACUGAUGAUUCGAAUUCUCAAAAAUGCAAGAGGGGGUUUGUUUUAAAUCGCAAUGGUGACUGCGAGCUUAAGUUACACGGCUCAGGGAAUGCGUUACUGAAACUAGUUAAGCUGUCACAGAAGUUGAAGCUGCGACGGGAAAACAAAACUGACUAAAAUAUAUUAUGUACUUUUAUUAUUAAUUUUAUUGUUAGUUGGUUAAAUUUAAACUAAUAAAGAGUCUGAUAACUACACAA